GAAUGUCAUUACUAUGACCUUGCUUCGCAAGGUAAAAUAGUCAAAUCGUUUGACUUGUCACUUGCCUACUUUGCAUCUCUCAUAAGUCUUGCAAUAUUGCUUCACAUCUGCUGUACAUCAUGAUAUUUGGAGACUUGUCUGCUUAUGUAUUCAUCGACGACCAGGAGCUCCCGGAGUAUGCUGUUGUUGCUUCUAGCACACCAACGGAGAACAGAAUAACCUGCUGGAUCGCAUCGGAAGAGGGCAAGAAAUUUGGAGUCAGGUGGAUGAACGCAGCCGAGCAGUCCUGGGUCAUCCAAGCAGCUGUCUCCGUCGACGGUGUUCGCUGUCAUGGACAGACUGUGCGCCCAGGCUGGGUCGGCACAAAGGAACGCACAUGCUUGACCAAUGAAUCAGUCACCAGAGAUUUUAUGUUUUCAAACAUUCAGCUUACUGACGAUGACUCCAUGCUUGAUGAUCAAAAUUCGAAGGACAUAGGUCAGAUUGUGUUGAAGGUAGAAACGGGGGAGUAUAGGACGAAGCAGGUAGUUAAACAUGGUAAAUCGAAAAAUCACACCCUCCAUGUGCGAGAAGGCAAGGUACAUGAACGGUCUAAGAAGGCAUGUGCUCAUCGUGUCAUCUUCGCAGAAGAAGUUCCCCGACAAGUGCAUCAUCAACCAUCCCGCGUCACGUUCAAACCAGAUGACCGUCCUACGACUGUAUUUGUGUUUAAAUACACGCGCUUGGACAUCUUACAGGCAAUGGACAUAGCGCCAUUGACACCGAAUAACUCAAGCAAGGAAGAGGCAAAUGAUUAUGGCGAUGACAUCGAAAUCAUUGACGGACCUUAUGAGCCUUCAAGUUUGUCAUUGCCUCCAAAGGACGUGAAGCCCCGAAUCCAACAUCUUGAGAUGGAGCUCCAGCGUUUACGUGCCCAGUUGACCUCGAUAUCUGAGGACCAGAAGCCCUCGCGCGUUAAGUUGGAAUGCGGGGUCUCACGACGGCAGAAACCCGCUAUAGAGAUCCUCGAUUUGACUAAGGAUUAGGUUUCGUCUGUCCUUGCUGGGGUUCUCACUUGCAUACCAUCACAUCGCUCUGAGGGCAUACCGUAUAUGUUCUUUCUGUAUAGUUCGAACUCACUUACAUCAUCAUUAUGGACACACAUAAUAGUACUUGCAUCGGAACAAAGUUUUUUUUUUCAUUUUUACGCCAUCGUAACUGGUUCUGGCUUUAUGCUUGUCGCUCAUAAUAAUAAUUUGUUGUACACUCACGGUUAAUACACUUUUCUCUAGGACC